GAGUCCACAAAACAUCUGAAGAACUCUCUCUCCUCUCUCUCCUCUGUCAUGGCUACAUUCAUGAUCCUGGUUUUUCUUCUGUUUGAAGGAGCUGCAGGUCUUAUUAAUGAGAUCACAGUGGAACCAGGACAGAAUGCCAUCCUCAACUGUAGUGUCAGCAGAACAUCAGACAUCAGAGCGGUGGAGUGGAUCAAACAGGGCGAGCCGUCAAAGGACAUCCUGUUUUACUCCGACGGGCACUUCAAUCUCGAACACCAACACCAGUCCUUCAGUGGCAGAGUGAACCUGGCCGACCUGGAGCUGAAGGACGGAGACGUGUCUCUGAUUCUGAAGAAUGUGAGCGCUGAAGACAACGGGAGGUACAAGUGUUUGGUCGCUACAGGUGGUGCGAGGCGUACAAAGAGAUCGCACAUCGAUGACACGCCGGUGGAGGUCAUCCAGCUGGUGGUUAAAGGUUCACAGAAUGAGAACUCCAUCAAUGAGAACUCCAUCAAUGAGAACUCCAUCAAUGAGAACUCCAUCAAUGAGGUCAUGACCCCCAUGUGUUGCUGUAAGGUCACAGUGAAACUGAUCCUCUGCAGAACAAAGUCGAGCUGCUGCCACCUGCUGGCUGUUUACAGGAAGAGAAUAAACAGGAAGCCACUGCAGCAGUUCACCACCUGA